GACGGAGAGUCGUCGUCGUGGACGCUUCUGAUGUCGUAACAUCGGAUUCGUCAUCGGAAACACAAUCGUAAAGCGGGAAAUCGUUGAGGGUGUCGAGAAAUUGGUCGUCAUCUUCGAUUUUGUCAGUUGGGUCAUCGGAAUCCAUUCUGCGUAAAAAAACAUCAAAGAAACAAACUUUGCAACAAAUUUGCAGUUCUAUUUCCAUGGGGAAAGAAAAUGAGUAGCUAAGCAAAGAAUUUUAGGAACUGUCUGUAAUUCUAAAGAGGAGGACUUGGUUGAAGAGGCUGAGAUUCUUGUGUUUCUGAGAUGUUUUCUAAACAAGCGCUUUUUUUAUCAGUUCUGGCUUUGAGUUGGAUAGGGCUGCAGAGAACUGAUGCUGCUAGACUGCCUCAAGAUGAGGUGAAAGUUCUGAAUCAAAUCGCCAAAACAAUGGGAGCUGAUCAAAUUGCUCAAAAAAAUGGGGGUACUGACUGGAAUUUUGAUGCCAAUGUUUGUGGAAAGUAUGUUGCACCAACUGAGGAAACAGCUCCUGUGAUGAACAUCACUUGCAGCUGCCAGAACGAGACCUGCCACAUCACAGAGCUAGUAUUCCAGCAUUACAGUCUUCCAGGAGUACUCCCACCAGAACUUGUCCAGCUUCCUUUCCUUAAAAAGAUAGAUUUGGCCUACAACUACCUAAAUGGUUCAAUACCUCCUGAAUGGGCUUCAACGCAAUUAGAGUUCAUCUCUGCCUUCGCUAACCGAUUAUCUGGGAAAUUUCCAAGCUAUUUGGGGAACAUCAGCAGCCUUAGAUACUUGGACCUUGAAAUCAACCAGUUUGCUGGAGAAGUACCCCAUGACCUUGGGAAGAGACUCUCCUACAAUAGGCUGAGUGGAAGUUUGCCAAGAGAACUUGGUGAUCUAAAAAAUCUAACUGACUUUAGGAUAAAUGACAACAACUUCAAUGGGAGCAUACCAGAUUUCAUUCAAAACUGGAAGCAACUUACCAGACUAGAAAUGCAAGCUAGUGGACUUGAAGGGCCUAUUCCAUCGUCCAUCUCUGUUUUGAAAAAUCUGGUAGAACUGAAGAUCACUGACAUAAAUGGAAUAAGUCAAGCCUUCCCUGAUCUAAGGAGCAUGACUGGCUUCCUACGAAUAAUUCUGAAGAAUUGCAACAUUUAUGGGGAAAUACCUGAAUAUAUCUGGGGAAUGAGUGACUUACGUAUAUUGGAUCUUAGUUUUAAUAGUUUAAGUGGUGAACUUCCCAAUGCCAUUUCCGCUAUGAAUCUAAAGUACAUCUUCCUCACAAACAACUCUCUCAGUGGAAAUAUACCAGCAUCAGUCUCAAAGACAGGAACUGGAGUGGACCUUUCGUACAAUAAUUUCACAUGGCAAAGUCCUGAGCAGCCUGCUUGUAGGAAUGCUAAUAUAAAUUUGUUUCGAAGUUCUUCAACAAAGAACCUGAGUAGAGUUCUUCCGUGUGCAACUGACUUCAAGUGCCAAAAAUAUUGGCACUCCUUGUAUAUCAAUUGUGGUGGAGAUGAUGUGAAAAUAAAUGGUAAAACAUAUGUUGGAGAUGGAAAAUCCAGUGCUGUUGCUGCAUCAUUAUACCAGGGUUCUAAUAACUGGGGAUUUAGUAACACUGGAGACUUCAGGGACGACAAUGAUGAACAAAAUGCACCACUGCGUUUUCUUGCAAGUGUGCAAUCAUCAGACAUUCCCAAAUUGUACACUACAGCACGGCUUUCUCCUCUUUCUCUUACUUAUUACCAACAUUGUCUCGAAAAUGGGAGCUAUAUGGUACGCCUGCAUUUUGCAGAGAUUCAGUUCAAAAGUGACGCAACAUUUGCAAGUCUUGGAAGACGUAUAUUUGAUAUUUAUAUUCAGGAUGAGAUAGUGGAGAAAGAUUUCAAUAUAGAAGCUGACGCUGGUGGGGUUUAUACUCCAUUCACAAAACAAUUCAAUAUUAAUGUAACAGAUGGUAAAUUAGAGAUCCGCUUCUGUUGGGCUGGCAAAGGAACUCAAGCAAUCCCCACUCGUGGAGUCCAUGGUCCACUCAUAUCAGCCAUAUCCGUGGAUCCCAAUUUUAGACCUCGUUAUGUACAGAAGGAAAUGGAGAUUGUACCAAUUGUUGUUGGUGUUGUUGGAUCAUGUCUUGUUUUGCUAGCACUGGGUAUCCUUUUCUGGAGAUACUAUUUCAGAGCCAAGAAAAGGAGAGAAGAUCUUAGGAAACUAGAUCUUCAAACAGGUUUGUUUACCUUAAAGCAGAUUAGCGCUGCCACUGACAAUUUUGAUCCUGGAAACAAGCUAGGAGAAGGUGGAUUUGGACCUGUUUACAAGGGUGAGUUAUCUGAUGGUACAGUAAUUGCAGUAAAGCAGCUCUCUUCAAAAUCAAGUCAGGGAAAUCGGGAAUUCUUAAAUGAGAUUCGUAUGAUUUCAUGUCUGCAACAUCCCAAUCUUGUAAAGCUUUAUGGAUGCUGCAUUGAAGGGGAUCAACUGUUACUAGUGUACGAAUACAUGGAAAAUAAUAGCCUUUCUCGAGCUUUGUUUGGGCCAGGUUGUCAAAUGAAUCUAGACUGGCAAACCAGGCACAGGAUUUGUGUUGGGAUAGCUAAAGGUUUAGCAUAUCUCCAUGAAGAGUCUACAUAUAAGAUUGUUCACAGGGACAUCAAAGCUACCAACAUUCUUCUAGACAGAGACUUGAGUCCUAAAAUAUGUGACUUCGGGCUAGCUAAGCUAUACCAGGAGGAUAAAACCCAUAUUAGCACGCGAAUUGCUGGAACAAUAGGAUACAUAGCUCCUGAGUAUGCACUAGGGGGUUACUUAACAUACAAGGCAGACGUGUACAGUUUUGGAGUAGUUGUGUUGGAAAUUGUCAGUGGGAGGAACCAUACGACUUAUGGGCCUGAGAAUAAGUAUGCUUGCCUUUUGGAAUGGGCCUGUCAAUUAUUACAAAAUGGAAACCUAUUGGACCUGGUGGAUGACGAGCUGGGAUCAGAAUUUAACAAGGCAGAAGCAGAGACGGUGAUCAAAGUAGCACUGUUAUGCACCAAUGUCGUCCCCACAUUAAGACCGACAAUGUCUGAAGUUGUAGGCAUGCUGGAAGGAAGAAGCACCACCCCGGAUCCAGUAAAUGCAAGCUCUUACAGUGAUGAUCUGAGGUUUAAACUGAUUAGAGACCACCGAGUAUCUAUGUCCAGUAGCCAGAGCAUCGAAGGAAGUCCUACACCACAUUUUUCUACUUCCCAGGGGUCAUUGAACCACUCUUCCUCUGCUUCUCUCAGAACAUCUCAUCUUUCCUGAAGAUCAGAGACGUGUGACAUAUUAGGAAAAAUUAGUUUCUUUUUUUUUUUUGGUUUAUAAUGCAAUUAUUUUCUAAAUAUAUUUAACAAGCAGUAGGAGAUAUGAGAUGGCAUUGAACCUGCAUCUUAAUCGUCCUGGUUAGUUGCUUAGUUAUCUGCAGCCUUUUGUCUUGGCUCUGUAUCUGUGACAUUAUCGUCAAAGUUUCAACAAAUUAAUUAUCCUUUG